AUGACAUUCCCACUCCCCCUGAAGUCCCACCUUCCCUCUGCUGUGAGGAGUUUGAUUCUACAGAAGAAACCAAACCUCAGAAACAUGUCCAGCAUGGCUAGGGGGCUCCAGCCAGCCAGUGUGGUGGCCCUGCCCAGGUCCCUUGCUCCGGCCUUUGAAAAGUUCUGCCAGGUCAACAGUGGCCCUCUGCCGCUGCUGGGCCAAAGUGAGCCAGGCAAGUGGACGUUGCCUGCCCUGGGUGCUGUCCCAGGUACCAGGACGGGCUGUCCCCAGUUCUGGAAGUAUGAGUUCGGCACCUGCACGGGCAGCCUGACCUCGCUGGAGGAGUCCUCGGGGCAGCUGAAGGACAUGAUGGCCUUCCUCCUGGGCAGCAGCUUCUCCCUGGAAGGGGCCUGGGAGAAGGGGGGACUCCCCAGAAGGGACUCAGCAGGCCACGGCCACAUGGGUGCAUACAAGACAGAGGUGCCUUGUGCCACCAUUGCUGGCUUUUGCUGCCCUCUGGUGGUCACAGUGAGGCCCGUUCCCAAGGACAAACUGGAACAGCUGGUACAGGCCUGUUGCUCCGUGGGGGGUGAGCAUGGACAACCGGUUCACACUGGCGACCCAGAACUGUUGGGUAUCAAAGAUCUUUCCAAACCUGACCACGGGGAGCCUGUGGUGUGUCAGCCAAGGCACGUUCCAGUGUUCUGGCCUUCUCAGCUGGCCAGUCUCAAAGCUGUCAGCACCUGCAAGAUGCCACUGGCUUUCACCAGCGCACCGGCUUGCACAGUUAUGACUGACCUGAAGGGUACAGCGGCUCCGGCCAGAUGUCUCACCCCUGAGGGAAUGCCAGAGGUCCAUCACAUUUCCCAGGAUCCUUUGCACUGCAGCAUGGCGUCAGCUUCAGUCGCUCAGAGGGUCAGAGAACUGGAGAUGAUAAUUGCCAUCGACCCCGGCAGCCGAGGUCUCGGGCACCUGCUCCGUCCAGGCAAGCUGCUGCGGGCCUUCCUGUCUCCGUCCCACACCCGCUCCGUGCUCCGCACCACCGUCUUCCCCGCGCACCUCAACCACGAGCCUCCGGAAGAGACGGACGGCCCGCCGGGAGCCGCAGCUCUGGCUGCCUUCCUGCAGGCCUGGGAGAAGGGGGUCUCCAUGGUCGUCGACCAGAGAGCCUUGAAUAUGCACAAGAAGCUUGUUGACGAGGCUGUACAGCGAGCUCGCCCCAUCGACCCACUGGGGGGGCUGCGACAGCUCCCAAAGGGCUUGCGAGCAGUCCAGGAGCUCCUGCAGAACCAGCGGGACCUGGAUUUUGAACCAAGUUCUGUAGGAAAGAAGGAAACGAAGACGGAAGGGUCCUUCGCACAAACACAGGAAGGCAUGAGCCAGCCAGGCACCUGGCUCUCCAUAAGGACCCUGUGCCCUCACCCCGGCAGGUUUGACCAUCUGGUGGCGAUCGAGCGCACGGGAGGGGCUGCCGAUGGCGAUUACUACAACGCAAGGAAGAGGAACAUCAAGUACUUGGUGGACCCCAUCGAUGGUCUUUUCCUUGCAGUGCAGAAGAGUUCUGGAAUUUCAACAACUGCGGUCGGUGACGGAGGCAAUGAGCUUGGGAUGGGCAAAGUCAAGGAGGCCGUGAAGAGGCACAUACGAAAUGGGGACGUCAUUGCCUGUGACGUGGAGACUGACUUUGCGGUCAUCAUUGCUGGCGUUUCUAACUGGGGAGGAUAUGCCUUGGCCUGUGCUCUGUACAUCCUGAACUCAUGUGAGGUCGACAGACGUUAUCUGAGGAAGGCAGUUGGGCCCUUCAGAGCACCUGGAGAACAGAACUGGACUCAGGCCCUCCCAUCCAUCACUAAGGAAGAAAAAAUGUUGGGCAUCCUGGUGCAGCGUGGAGUCCGGAGCGGAGUCUCGGGCACCCUAGGCAUGGAGGUGGACGGGCUGCCCUUCCAUGGCACUCACGCCCAGAUGAUCCAGAAGCUGGUAGACGUCACCAUGGCGCAAGGGUGACCAUGCAAAUUACAGGCAUGGGGGAUCAAAGAAGUAAAAAUGAAGAAUAUAAUUAACAGACGACCAGAUCUCUUCUCUAGCUUCCCCUUCAGUGAUCUCAAGAACAAACUAUGUGAACGAGGUAGCAUCUAAAGAAAGAUGACAAGGAGUCAGCGAGCCUUUCACGCAGUGGGAGAUGUCAAUGAGUUUGAUCCCCUAACUCAAUGAUUACCUGAGAUGACUUUCCCUUUUCCCUUUAAAAACUUUCAAGGCC